AUGAAUUAAAAUAAUAUGAGAUUAUAUGGAAUUUUGGUAGAUAUUUCAGGAUCAAUGAAAUAAAGUUAUUAAAAAAUUGAAUAUAACAAAAAUUUAACUAAUUAGAUACAACAGUGCGAUAAAACUAGACUAGUUUCCGUUUGGGAAAUAAUUUAAGCAGCUUUAAAACAAAUUCAUUUAUAGAAUGAUUUUAUAUUUUUGUCAGCUUUUGGGUGCUGCCAUGAAGUAGAAGUAAUUGAUUUGGUGCCCUUCUUAAAAUCUGUUAUUAAAAUCUUAAAAUUAAUAUCUUAAAUAAGAGGGCUUUAAUAUUUCCACUAAAAUGAUUAAACUGAUUAUUGUCAGCUUUUAUACAAAUUUGUAACAGAAAAAGGAGCUAAAUAUUUAUCCUCAUUUUACACUCUAAACAAUUUGAGGACUGAUAUUUCUAAUUUCAAAGCAAAGUUACUAUAUUUGUAAUUCAAAGAGAAUGAAGCUCAAUUUAAAUUAUUUGUUAAUCAAUUACCAAAAUAAGUGAAAAAAAAUAAUAAAAAAUAUAAAAUCUAAGCUUUUAUUGGAAGUUAGUUCUAGAAUAAUGGUAUCAUAUAAAAUCCUCUUGCUAUUGCAAUUCAAGAAUAAAUCUAGAUUUAAUUAAAAAAAUUGGAUAAUUACAUACAAUUUAAUGAUAUUUUUGAUUAAAUUCUGUAAUGUUUGAAUUUUACAUUAAUAGAGGUUCAGAAUGUAAAGAAUAAAAAUAAUACGCAUAUUUAACUUAAUAAUGAAUUAUAAUAAAUAAUAACGGAUUUUAGUGGAUAUAAAAAAUUUCCAAUUCAGCAGUAACUACAUUCAUUAGAAGAACUAUUGAAAAAAAUAGACUCGAUUUAAGAUAAUAUUCUAAAAGUUUUAAAUAAUGAUUGCUUUAUUCCUUAAGAUUUGAUAAAAGAAUAGAUAGAUUUUUCGGAAUUCCAGAUUAAUUCAAUUGACGAAAUCAGAAAAUAAAUUCACAUUAGGAAAGAUCAAUCAUUGAGUUUUAUGAUAAAAGAAGAUUUUGAUUUAUUCAAACCAUUCGAAUCUAUUUCUUUUGGGGGAACCCCUUUGAUCAAAUGUUUGAAAAUGACUUAAAAUUCUAAAUUCUAAAAUUUUGGAAAUAAAUUCUUAUUUAUUCUAUCAGAUGGAGAUUCAACUGAUGGUAAUCCUAUUCAAUAUACUAACAAAUUAAAGGAAUAAGGGUUUACUAUAUUUUGUUAUUAUAUUACAUCAUCUAAAAAAAUAGACCAAAAUUAAUUAUAUUCAAAAGUUGAGUAUAUUAAAGGAGAUGGAGCACAAAAAAUGUUUGAAAUGAGUUCUGAAUAUUCAAAUUUUGAGUUUCCUUUACGAUAAAUAGAAGUAUACACAAAAUUAAAAUUAUCUGAAGAUGGAAAAAGCAGAUUAUUUUUAUAAUCUAAUGAUUCAGAGUAAUUGAAAUAAUUUUUUGAUUAUUUCAUGAAAAUCUCAAAAGAUUUUGAUAAAUUAAUCGAAAUGAUUGGGAGAAUUACAAUAGAAAAAUAUAUAAAUUCUAGUCAAGAAUUUGAACCACGUUAAUAAAAUGGAGGAACAUGCUAUGCAAAUUCUAUUGCUGCUGUUUAUUCGAUAAUGAUUUCAAAGAUAUAUAAAAGAGAAGGAGAAUACCCUGGCUUUUUUCGAAUAAGGGAUCUAUUAAUCCAAGUAUAUGGAACCAAAGGAGCAAAAACCUUCUAAGUUGUUGAAGAAACAUGUUAAGAUUAUAGAUUAUAGUGUAGAAGAUUAAAAACUAUUAGUUAAAUCAAAUAAGCUUUACAUUAAGGGAGACCAAUAAUUUCAAGAUUUGUCUUAUGUUAGGAUCAAUGGUAUGCUGAUAAUGAGAAUCAAAAAGGAUUUAUAGAAUUCUUUAAUAAAAAUCCAAAAGGAAUUUUGAGUUCUGUUGGGCCUCAAUCGAAUAAGGAUUUAUAUGGACAUUCUGUUGUUUUAAUUUCGUAUACUUCAGAUUAUUACUUAUUUAUUAAUUCAUGGGGUAAAUAAUGGGGAGAUAAUGGUUAUUUUAAAGUGAAAGAUUUAGAUGUAUUAGGUGAGAUGGAAUUUAUGGAAGUUUUUUGGAAUUCAAAUAAUUUAACCGAAUCAGAAAAAUAAUAAUUUAAAUAGGAUACUGGAUAAAUAAUAACCAAGUUUUAUAAAGAUUACUUAAAUUCAAUUGGGGAUAUCAAAUAUUCUUGUCCUGAAUGUAAUAAAUAAUCUUUAAUAAAUUAAUAUCAAGGCAAUUAUUAAAAAGCAUAAUGUCCAAAAUGUAAUAAGGAAUUUCAUCCAUAAUCACUUGGUUAGUUAUUUAUUGAUUAUCUAAAUGGUAAGAAUAUUUGA